UGUAGCGUGUGGGUCACAAAAUAAUGAAUCAAAGUGAACAUCGCUCCUUCAGCGUUACUUGGACAAUAAUAAAAGUCAUUCAAUCCCGAUUUUGUCUAGAGAUCUCAAAAUUUCUUAUUCUGAGCAAUAUGAAAAUUUGAGAAUUCCCGUAAAGUCAAAAUCUAUAUAAAUACAUAAUUCGUUUUCACCAUAAUCGUCAUAAUGGAUCAAAAUCAAAGCCUUCGACGUGCUGAUGCAUCCACAAAUCUGGAAAAUGAUACGCGGCCUCUUUCCUCCGGAUUUCCUCUGAAACGGGCGUCAAAUUUUCGUGACAUAAACGCUCCUAGGAUCCGUCCUGCUGUUGAUUCUCGUUCCACUGCAUCCCCCACGCACACCACAACCACAGCAGGGUACCCGCAUACAAGCUCUUCUAUAAUUACCAAAGAUCCAGCACAGAAUAACCCAUCAUCAAAUAAAAAUAACCCAUAUUUCCAAAAUAUCCAAGUCUACGCCAACUUGACGGAUGAUCCUACUCUCGAUUCCGCUGCGAAACAUAAGCACAGGCACUCAAUCAAACCAAACCAAGACCAAACCAUGAAUAAAGACGGCGAAGAAGAGACAAUUAUAGACGAAAUUGACCCAAAUGAUCCAAACAUUGAGCACCAUCACAGACAUCGUCACCACCACCGUCACAGCCAAGACGACGACCCCAACCAAUUUCCAAAGCCAUCGGGAAAAGGAGGUCCUUCCGUCACCACGCAUGAAAUUGAAGCCAUGCGUAAUAUCAUCGACGAGGUGGAAAACACCCACAAACAACACAAACAAGGACAAACUGCCGAUGAGGAUAAGACGCCCCGGUCUAAACGCCACUCUAGAAAAAGUGACGCACUGUCGGUCGAUGUCUUGGAGAAAAUUGAUCACCGACAGCAUCAUCGUCACUCGCACAGAGAACCGGAAGUUGAACCACAACAAACCCAGGAGGAACCUACAACCUCUCAUAAACAUCGACACAGCCAUGUACCUCCGGUCGACGCUUCGCCAACAUUACAACCGCCCCCACAAGAUAAUAAGGAUAAAACAAGGUUAUCCGUUGCAAACGAGAGCGAACAUCAUCACCAUCAUAGAAAAAGUCGUGAGAUCGAAAAUACUGGUGGAGUUGUGCAAGAGCCUCCUCCUGAAACAAGAAAAGAAAGAAAAAGUCUGAAACCAGAACCAGAACCGGAAACCUUAGGACCAGUAGCACGGCGGAAAAGUCACCACAACAAAGGAGCCCAGCCCCCUCAAGCAAUGACAUCGCAACCAGCACCUACAGCGGCUACAGCACUCAUUUCCAACGCAGAACCACGCCGAAAGAGUCGAAAAUCCGAAGCGGUUCCUCCCCCUGAUAGUUACAAAUCUCAAAAAGCACAAGAAUUACCUCCACCACCACCACCACAAGUUGGCCCAUCCCCUACCAAGGAACGUCGACGAAGUAUGAAGCCUCAAAAUCUCGAACCAUCCAACACCCGGGAUCUCCCACCCCACCGAAACCACGAUGAAGAUAAGGAACCGAAUUUCCUAAUUGAACGAUACAUCCAAGACUCCCACACGCAUCCUCCCAUUAAUUCCAAAGAGAACGGAAAAGGACGGCAAGAUUCCAAAGACACCAAGAAAACGGAGAGAAAUGCCAGAAAGUCGUUCCCCUACACAAUGGACAGCAGCAUUCGAAACGGUCUAAACUCAACCACCACUUCACGAGAGAAACAAGCCGUCGAACCGAUGCAGACCACGCAGCAAAAUAUUCCCGCAGACAUUUUCAGAGGCAGUAAUAGUACCCGCGUGGACAAGGAUACUAAUAAAAAUGACAAACCCCCCACCGAAAAAUUGGAUCACAACUGUAACACUAUAAUCACCGGGGACGGUGAAAAUGUCGCGGUACCAGGAAGACUUCCCUCCUUCGUUUUCGACCCACCUCCACCUCCACCACAAGCUACGUCAUCACAAAAACCAGGCAGCAAGAAGAACAAGAAAGGCAGUAGCAGGAGUAAAAGCAAGUCGAAACCCCCACACGAGCAGAACUUCCAAACUUACAUGAUGACACAUGGUUCCGCUUCCGGUGGGGGAGGCGAUCUUCCCCCAACAACUGCGACACGAGAUGAUUCAUUGGAGUCAGAAUUUGGCUUUUUAAACUCACCCAGCGGCUCUCCACCCCCAGACGAAACGAACGCGGGUGACGGUACCACCACGCUUGCGGAAGGCCAAACAGGGUCGGAACAUGUAUAUUCUGAUGAAGCUGGACAGACUGGCAGCAUAGUUUAUUAUGAGGGCGAAGGGUCAAAGAAGAAGGAAAGUAAAAAGUCAAAAAAAGAGAAACUCCCAGCAGACGAGGAAUGUUGCGAACCCAUGCUCAGCAUGACAGACAAGGGAGCAAUCCGACUACAGUUACCGGGGAGAAUUCAGCAUAAAACGACAAUUAAAUUGACCCACUUUCCUGAAGGCAGUAGUGACUCUGUGGUUAUCAACGUCCCCACGGAUAACAACAAUGCUGUCCCAACGUGUGAUAACAACGCUCCUGUUGCUGCUGAGGCUUGUUGCAGUGGUUCCGCUGACCAAGGACAGAACAACAUGAUGCCGCAGGGGUACGAUAUGAACGCCAUGUACGGAAAUCCUUACCAACAAUAUGGCCAGCAAUACCCACAAGUCUGUUACUCCGAAGGCUAUCAGCAACCGCAGUAUCCUUAUUGCUACGGCCAGAGUCAAGGGGAAUAUUAUUCACAGCAAAAUUGUUACCCACAAUAUGGAUAUCCUCCAUGCUAAUUCCAUGUCCAUCAAACUAA